AUGUCUGAUACUAAAGAUCAAAAGGUACCGGUUACCGAGAAAGGAGAGAAAUCGGUUCAUGGUCAUAGCAAACCACUCAAGAGGACUAGAAGUACAGAAGAUGGUAAAGACAUUGAGAACCCAGAGACGACUACGGAUGAGAAGUUGGCUAAUAAGAAGGCCAAGACAGUGAAGGAGACCGAGCAGGAUGGAAAAAUAGCGGAAACCCCAAAGAGAGAAGAUAAGGCUGUAGAAAAACCUAAGCAUGUCUUUGGAUCAUCCACAGCUUUUGGUAGUGGAUUUGGCUUAUCAAAGAAGACCUCUGAAGGAAGUAGUGGUCAAGAAAAGGGCGACAAGAAGGCAAGUCCCAAACCUUUUGCAUUUGGGUCGGGACUUUCAUUUGGUGGUGGAUUCGGUGUACUCAAGAAGGCUGACGACAAGGCGCCUGAUAGGAAAGUAGAUGAUUCAAAGGAUAAAGAAGAGACGCCUAUUUUAGAAGACAAGAAGGAAAAGACUCAAGAAUUAGAAGCAACACCGAGCUCAGCGGAUAAUAGCGGUGUAAAAUUACAGAAACAAGAAGUUAAGUCUGGCGAAGAAGCAGAAGAAACAAUAUUUCAAGUUAAUGCAAAGGCCUACCAAUUAUCUGACCUCAAAGCUGGCUGGAAAGAAAGAGGCGUUGGUGUCAUAAAAGUCAACAAGGACACGGCAACUGGUAAAUCACGUCUGGUGAUGAGAUCUCGUGGUCUACUAAAAGUUAUUCUCAAUCUACCGUUGAUCAAGGGCUUCAAGAUACAGCAAGGAUUUCCCGGUUCUUUACAAAGUGAGAAAUUUGUACGGAUUACCACGGUUGACGAUAAUAAAGCACCACUACAGUACGCUGUUAAGACCGGCAAGGAGGAAACAGUUCAAGAGCUUUAUGAGAAGAUCGUCGACCUAGUGCCCAAGUAA